GCGUGCCGACCAUAUCAGUUCUCAAACACCCAACGACGUGGAGCUCUUCCAAACUCAAACCUGGGAUAUAUCCGGUUGGGUCAGGCAAAACCAGAGGAGGUGCCGAAGGGACACUUGGCUGUGUACGUGGAAGAAUCAAUUGGUGACAAGCGGCGGGAAGUGGUGCCUGUAAUAUACUUCAAUCACCCACUGUUUGGGGAGCUAUUGAAGGAUGCGGAGCGAGUAUACGGAUACAAUCAUUCGGGUGGAAUAAAGAUACCGUGUGGGUAUUCGAAGUUUGAGGAGCUGAAGAUCAGGAUUGCUGCAUGGGAUAGUAGCCACAACAGUAGCUGCAAGUGGCAAAAGCAGGUGACGUGGCAACAAUUACAAUUUUCCCCUGUAAUUUUAUUUACGGAAAUUCUGAUUCCACUAAUUUUUGUGUAUGCCAGAAUCAAAUUUAGCAAUUGCUUUUUUUCCUCUUUUACUUAAUACUUCUCGUCCUAUAUUCGCUAGG